AUGCAGAGGAGAGAGAGAGCUGUUGCAUCCGAGCUACAAAAGUUCAGGAAUCAGCUAGAAACGGAAAGGAAGAGUGCUAAGGAGGAAAUGGCGCAUAUGCACCGUUUGUUGGAUGACGCACAUAGAGAGGCAAAGUUGGGGAAGUCGUCUACUCACCUCACCGCUUUUGCUUCCUACCACGACGACCAACUGCCCCAAACAGCCUUGAGACGGAGCAAUAAUACCAUUUUACGAUUCAUAAAACAGGCACAUCGCAAUUACGAAAGUCUUCCAGAGGUCACCAUCUCCGCUUUCACUGAGACUCGCCGAGCAGAAUCGUCAAUUCUAGUGCCCAAGCAACGCUCAACACCACACUCGGAACGUCGUACUCUUCUGGAAAACCGUUCUCUAUCCUCUCUUCUUGGGGCCUACAUGAAAGGCUAUGACUAUGGCACUGCCUAUGCCCAUCUCCGCCCAUUUUGGUACGAUGACUUGACUGACAUCGAUGACAAGCUGCUACGUACCUGCAAAGCACGGGACUGGGAUCAUCCACCGCUACUUGCCUCCUCGACACGUCUGGGAUCUGUACAGAAACCGGGUAGUGCCAUGGUGGAUCGCACGCCAGUGGCCGUGGGAGAUAUCACAUGCUUGGGUAGAGGAAGAGAAUCGCGCAGAUGUGAUGACGCCUAUCAACCGACACGAAUGGCCUGUGCCGAUCUCGAUCUGAUCCGCAUUGAGAUGCUGAACGCGGGCGCGGAGUAUGUGUGGUUGGACGUGCUCUGUCCAAGACAGAAGGGCGGGCGAAGGGAGCAUCUGCGCGCGGAGGAGUGGAAGGUGGAUGUGCCCACCAUCGGAUGUGUGUAUCAUGGUAUAAGAGUCGUGUGCUACUUCAGCGGGCUCGGCCGGCCUUUGAGUCUGAAGGCAGGCGACUUUGAGAGUGGUCGGAGUUGGUUUCGACGGGCGUGGACGCUGCAAGAGAUCAUCUGGGAUCUCAUCGUUGUCGGAGACACAGGCAAUAACGACGCAAUGGAAGACGAGCGGGUGUCGACUAAUCCGGUGGAUAAAGUGACGGGAUUGGCGUACCUUUUCUGGUCAGUGAGAGAAAUUCCGGCAUACUACGAGACACAGUCCCUUGAGGAUGUGUGGACUGCGCUGGUGGGUGUCAUGUUGGGACUCCAUCGGGCGAACUUGUUCUUCUUGUAUCCUGAUCCUGGGGAUGGAAACAAAAUUUGGAGACCGUCAUGGAGGCAGGUCAUGGCUGAGGUGCUUCCAUCAGAUAGUCUUCAUGGGUGGGUGUCCGUCAGGCAGACAGAAGAGACAGAUGCAGACUGGUAUGCAGGCCCAUGCAUUGAAGCAGGUUAUGUGCAUGGAUUAGCUGAAGGAUCACUGAAGGGGAAGCACCGACAGGGAGAGUUAGUGGUCGAACAUCAUUCCGGGGCAAAGCACACGUUCAGAAUUGUCGCUAACCAUCAAUACCCGAUACCGGAAGGAUUAUAUACAUUGCUAGGUAACAAACCAUUCGACGACAACGAGGUCAAAGUGCAAGACUGGGUAGUCGGGCGAAGGCUUCCAGAUCAGAUGUUCAAGAAAGUGUCAGUGUUUGAGAUACCUGACCUGGAGGAAGUGAGGAGGCUGCAUGGUCUGAAAGUUGCUAAACAGCGUAAGAUAUCUCUUUCUUGA